ACCUACUUCUAUUACUUGUAUUCCCUUGACAAUAUGUUGUUAUCAUAAAGUUUUUAUAUAUUUUAGAAAAUUUUAGUUCUGAUCAGUUCACGAAUGUUUAGACUUAAGUUGUUAAAUAUAGUGAUUAGCUGAGUAAAUAUCUUACAAUUGUUAUAUAGCUCAGUUUACCAAGCAUAGUGUAGAAUAAUUUUCAUCAAAAUGCUAACACCUAGAUUCAGUUUGAAACAAGAUGACCAAUUUGUAUACCUAACCAUACACGCUCCAUACUCCAAUAUAAAGGACAAUGAAUGCCUCAUUGAAGAUUAUGAUUUCAUUUUCUUUGCAAGUCCAUAUUUUUUACGUGUGAGACUCCCUGGCAAGUUGAAGGAUUCUGAUCUCUGCGUUGGUGCAUUUGAUUGCAAUGAUCAAACAUAUUCUAUAAAAAUUGAAAAAGAAAAUCAUGGCGAGUUUUUUGAAAAUUUAGAUACUAUUACCAAUUUAUUAAUUCCUUGCAGCCCCUUAAAAUCAAAAUUUGAUGAUAAAAUAGAAGUUAUAUCCACAACGAAUUUUGUUGAAGAUGACGAAACGGAGAGUAAUUGUGAAAACCAAAAUGUUUUGCAUAGCAAUGGGUAUGGUUUUGGAAAUAAAAUAAAUUCAAAAUUCACAACAUAUGAUACUUUCUUGGAGGUAUUCGAUUUUUCACCUGAUGUUAUAAUUGAAAAUCGAGAGGAAAAAAGAUUAGAAAUUGAAAAUGCAGCAUUUUCAUCAGAUCAUUAUUUAGCGGAUCUUUAUGACACUGAAUAUAUAGAUGAAUAUAUAAAAUUCAUAGGACCAUGGCAAAAACAUUUGGAAGAAAAAUAUGUACACCAAUUAUCUGGUUCAGAAAUUGAUAUAUUGAAAGAGCUACCAAAUAAAGAAUAUAUUCUUUCAUCAGUUGAGAAGAAACAAAUAUUAGUAGGCAUUUUAGAUAUUCUUUAUCCUUAUUUGUAUGAAUUGAGAACAACUGCAAAUGAUUUAAAUACAGAAUCCAGUUGGACAGUUAAUAAACUAUCAUCUACAUUAUGUUGUUUUGCAUCAUUUGAUACAGUUGAAAAAACCAUUAUCAGCCUUUUACGUAGAUCACUCAUUUACCCACUAUAUCGAAAUUAUGAUCUAUCAUUAACGGUUUUGAAUGAUGUUAAAGUUAUAUUAGAACUUGGUAAAGUAUAUGUAAUAAAAUUAUUCACUGAGAUUCAUUCACUCUUUAAUGUAAGUCAGUCUUGUAGAUAUAUAUUAAAUGACUUAUAUAUCAAAGAUUACUUAAUAUAUCUUCAGAAACUGAAUGAAAAUGAUAUACAAUAUUUACUAUCAAAGUUAAAAAGUAUUCAAAUAAGCAAAGAAAAAUUGUGUUUGGAGUUAACAGAGCUAGAAGAAGCAGCAGAAAUCGUAAAAAAUGAAAAUGUAAAAGAUUAUGAAGAAAUCAUACACCUGAUGUCAAAAUGUAAUAAAUUAACUAUUGAAAGCACGGAUUCUGAUGAUUCUAGUGAUGAUUCAACUGAUGAAACGGACGAUGAUGAUACCUCUGAUACUGAAUCAUCAAUAAAUAAUAAUGACAUGGAAAAUUAUGAUUGCAAACUCUAUGCAAAUGCUUCAGCCAAAUAAAAUAUACUAAAUAAAAAUAUUUAUAGUUUUUAUUUCAUAAAUGAAAAUUAUUGUACAUAUUUAUCAGAAACAAUA